UGCCGGUCUGACUCACGUGUGUUUUCUGGUAUAGUUUUGUUUAUGUGUUGGAUUCGAUUUCCAUUUUCGUUUCACACAUAAAUAAUCAAUAUGAGCUGGUUAUUUGGUAUCAGAAGAGAUCCUAUGCCCGAUCUCUCUUCUACAGGAAUUGGUUCGGAUAUGAGCGGUAGAAGUUCAGAAGAAGGUCAAGGGUCCGGAAGCAGUGGUUCUGGCUCAAAUGAUGAUGGAUCUACGGGAGCCUAUAGAUUUGAUUCAUCAGCUUUGGAAAGAGCUGCUAAAGCUGCAAGAGAACUUGAACGGUCUCCUAAUGCAAAGGAAUAUCUUGAGUUAGCAAAAAUGCAAGAAACAACUAUGCAGAUGGAAAAACAAAAACAGAUAAAAGAAUAUCAAGCUCAUAUUGAAAAUGCAAAAUCUGAACAAAUUCGUGUGCAACAGGAAGAAAGAAGAAAAACAAUUGCUGAAGAAACUAAUCACAAUAAGAUGAGAGCUCAGUAUCAAGACCAUUUGGCUCGGAAAAGAUAUGAAGAUCAGUUGAUACAACAGCAAAAAGCUAAUGAAGAGAAUAUAAGAAAGCAAGAGGAAUCCGUGGCUAAACAAGAAGCAAUGCGGAGAGCCACACUGGAAAGAGAGAUGGAAAUCCGCAAUCAAAUAGACGUAAAGAAAAUUGAAGCAGAAAUGCGAGCAAAAGCAAAAGUUGACAGAGAAAAUCAAGAUUUAUAUUUAGAACAAAUUCGCUUAAAAGCAGCUGAAAAAAGAAUAACUGUAUUAGAAUCAAUAAAGACAGCUGGAUCUAUUUUAGGUUCUGGUUUCAAUGCAUUUAUCAGUGAUUGGAGCAAAGUCACAGCAUCUGUUGCUGGGUUGACAAUGCUUGCACUUGGUUAUUAUUCUGUGAAACAAGGAACAGGAGUAGUAGCUAGGUAUGUGGAAGCUCAUCUAGGGAAACCAACUUUAGUAAAAGAAACUUCUCGUCUUACUCUUGCUGAAGCCUUCAAGCAUCCAAUAAAGACACAGAAAAGGUUAAUGAGUAAACCUAAAGAUGUCUUGCAAGGUGUGAUUCUCAGUCCCACAUUAGAAGAAAGGCUGAGUAAAAUUACAAUAGCUACCAGAAAUACUAGGAAGAACAAUGGAAUGUACAGAAAUAUGCUCUUGUAUGGUCCGCCUGGAACUGGAAAGACAUUAUUUGUCAAGAGGUUAGCUCAGCACUGUGGUAUGAAUUACGCAAUUUUGAGUGGUGGUGAUGUGGUUGCAAUGGGCAGGGAAGGAGUUAAUGCUAUCAAUAAAGUUUUUGAUUGGGCUAAUAGCUCUAGGAGGGGGCUUCUUUUAUUUAUGGAUGAAGCUGAAGCAUUUUUGAGAAAAAGGAGUUCAGAAAAUGUUGGCGAAAAUAUGCGGGCUGCUUUGAACACUUUUCUUUAUCGAACAGGGGACCAAUCUGAUAGAUUUAUGCUAGUUUUAGCUAGUAAUACUCCAGAGCAACUCGAUUGGGCAAUGAAUGAUAGAAUGGAUGAAGUUGUUCAGUUUCGAUUGCCAGGCUUGGCUGAAAGAGAAAGAAUGAUACGCCUCUAUUUUGACAAAUUUGUUCUCAUUCCAGCCACAGAAGGAAAGAGGAGAUUCCAAGUAGCAACUUUUGAUUAUGGUAAAGUGUGCACAGAUAUAUCAAAUCUAACCGAAGGCUUCUCUGGUCGUGAAUUAAUGAAACUUGCUUCUGCUUGGCAGUUUGCUGCAUAUGCAUCCGACGAUGGCGUCUUGACUGAAGACAUGGUGAUGUCUGAAGUUCGUAAUGCCAUAAAGCAACAUGAGUAUAAAGCAAGCUGGCAAACCAUAGAAGAAGCUAAAAAACAAAUUCUAGAGGGAUCUGUAUCUAGAGCAAUACCAUUAGAAUAUCCUCAAGCACCUGCCAGUUAAUUAAGGUUUAGAAAUUAGGUUAAUUAAAUUAAUAUUAAUAAUUUUUAUAGUUAUUUCCUGAACAUAUGAAAUUGAUUUGAAAAUGAUAAAUGCUUUGAAUGGGAAGUGUUUGAAGAAGAUAUUCAAUUGUUGAGUUAGUUUGACAAGAGAGAAAAUAAUUAAAAUGUCACAUCUUUUAAUUGCAUUAAUUUAAUAUAAAUACAAUACUUGAUGGAAGUUUGUCAGUUUGAUCAAAAUGCUGAUGGAGAAAAACUGAAGUAGAAAGGACAAUUAUUCAUUUUCAAAUAGUACUAUUUAUCCAUCAUUUUCAUUUGUGUACAUUUUCUACAUGAAAUGAUAUUGAAACAACUGAUUUAUAUCUAAAUACACUUCGUAUAUAAAUAUCUGAAAAGAAUCUUUAAAUAUCAAUUCAAGUAUAUUUUUAUAUGAAUAAUUAUUUCAAGAAUAACUGAGAAAUGUGCCAGCUACAUAUACAAGUAUUACUGCAUUUAUCAACAUUCUCAUUUUUCAGAAAUUUUAUUUUAGUAAACAUUUAUUAUCACCACUGCAAUAACUAUUUUAUUUAAGGAAAAGAAGUGAUUAUAUAAGUCAGUAAAGAUCCCCCCCCCAUAUUUAGUAAUUUUGCAAACACCAAAACUUGUAUUAGCCUUCUAUUAUUAUGUUAUUGCUUUUAGGAACUAUUGUAACAAAUAUAUAGAGAGCUGUCAACCUUAGAUUUAUUAUAUUAUGAAUACUUUUUUAAAUUCCUAUUCUUGCUUAUCUAAUUUUUAAGAGAUCAUAUUUCCAAGUAUCAUGAGCUUCAUGGUAUGUGUCUCCAAGAAUAGAAGUAAUAUGUAUUUCCCCUUUCUCUUUAUGUGUAUUUAUGUACGAGUUUUUAUACUUUUUUGUAAAAGAUAGUAAUUUUUUAUCAUCGCAGAAAAUGUUAAUAAGAAAAAAUAUGUAGUUUUUAAUAUAAAUGAAAAAAUUAUUCUUCAUUUAAUCUGAAAUGUGUAGUUAAAUAAAAGGAAGAUUGAAUAUUUUAAUAUAAUUUCUGCUAGUUAUAAUAAUAAUAAAGUUCUCGUAGUAUUUAGACUUGAUUCUUAAUUUCAGUUAUUUCAUAACCUUAUAGAGAAUAACUGAGAAAUAAAGAUUUACUCAAAAAAAUAAAGAUUGCCUUUAUGAUCGCAUGACCAAAAAAAUUAAAAUAUUAAUGCAUAAUAAUUAUGGGGUGAUCUACGCUGAUAAAAGUGUCACUGUAAGUAAAAAAUUAUUGAGUUAUAAAUAAUUGUUAAGUAUAUUUAAUUAUAUUAAUUUAUUUGUAUCUUAAAAAUUAUUUCUGUAAUUAAAACUUGCAUAACUAUAUAUAUAAUCUUACCCUGCUUAAAAGUACUUAACCGGCCCUUAUUUUUACAGUCAUUGGUUCAUUGGUCAUAAUCACAUACUUCCAAUAACAGAAAUGUGUUAAAUGAUCAAAAUAUUCAUGUUUUGGCAAUGUCAGAUUUUUAGAAAAUUAAACUUUUGACAAAUAAUAAAAUCUAACUACGUACAUAAUAUCAGUUUAUAUGUGUAGUUAGUAUUAUAAAUAACUAUAAAUAUCUAACAGUAUUUAAUAUGAGUUUACUGUUGCAGCAAAAAAUGUGUAUAAUAGUGAACAUAGAAGGUCAUGGUGUCCACUUCAGAAUUUUUACAAAUAUGUAAAAACAAGUUUAGGAGUUAUAACUGUAGAAAAUGCAAGAAUUUUUUUCAUUUAUGCUUAAGUUAUUUUGACUUCGUUGUACAUCUUGUAAUUCACUUUGAAUACUGAUCACUUUGAUACAGCAAAUUAAAUUGGAGCAUAAUUAAACCAUACAAAUUUUAAUGUGUCCCAAAUUGACGUUUGAUUAGUUUUCAUACCCUUUCUGAUUCUGUUUUCAUAUUUAUGAAUUUAAUUAGCAGUGCAUAAUAGCUUUUACAGUAUGCAUAUAGUAUAUUAAUUUGUUUUGUUGAUAUUUUUUUGCAUCAGUAUGGAUUUUUUUAACUGGAAUUAAAGUUACAUACUAAUACUGAAUACUAAGGGCCUAUAAGUAAGACAAAUGGCAAAUAUUAAGGAAGAAUCUGCAGCUCAAAAUUGCUGUAGAAUAGCAGAUUCACAUUUGUCUUUGAAUUAUAAGCUAAUAUUUUAUUUCAAAUAUUUUUUCAGCAGACACAUGUACAGAAAUGAUAGUUAUUUUACAUUUUGCAUGGUUCUUAAUUCUUUUUAAUCAUAUUUUUUAUUAGUAAUAGAUCAUAAAAAGCAAUAAAAACAUGCUUUGUGAAUUUUUCUCUCACUUUUUUGUGUCAUAUAUAUAUAAGAAUCAAAUUUUAAAAUGUUAAUAUACAAGGAAGAUUCCCAUGCCCCACAAUAAAAAAAUUAUCCUUAUGCAAAUUUUUUAGUCUCUUUGAUUUUAUUAAUGAAAUAGGUCCUAAAAAUCUUUUGAUAGUAAGAUAGUUUAAAAUUGAAAAACAUAAAUUUUUGUGUUCCAUAUUAAAUUAUGCAAAAGGUUGACAGCUCUAAUAUCCAAGCAUAGCUGAAACUAAUCUUACACUGAUCAAAAUGAUGAAUAAUUAUAUAUAAUCUAGGCUAAAAGUACUCUGAUAUAAGAAAGUCUGACUGGUUUAGAUUUUUGAAAUAAAAUUUAUAUAUUGUAUAUUAUAUAUUAAUAUGCAUGUGUACAUAUAAUGUAUGUAUAUUCAUUCAUCAUAAACUUAAGUCAAAGAGAGUUCAUAUUUCGUUGUAUAGCUGAUUAAAUAAAUUUUUCUAAAAUACUGGAA